UAGAGAGAGAAAGACACAACACCUUCGACUCAACCCCAAAGAAAGUGUUUGAAUUUAUUUAUUUUAAUUUCUUUUCCUUUUUCGGCUUUGGGGCUGCGAGUGUGUUUUUCGUUGUUGUUGUUGUAGCUGUGGUUUCGAUAGUGUGAGUCGACCGCUUCUUUUCCUUUCUUUUCUGAGUUUCAACUUUCAACGCAGAAGAGAGAGAAAGAAGAGAGAGAGAAAACCUAGAGACUGUUUUCCUUUUGCUGGUUACUGUUUCUGAAAUUUUCUUGUUUCGGAUUUUCGUCUUCGAAUUGGAGAAUCGUCCGAGCCGAGGCUUGCCUAUUGCGAACAUUGAUUUUGUUGGCUUUUGUUCGUUGUGCGUGUUAUUGAAGGUAGCGAGUAGCGAGUUCGUUUGAGGCGUUCGGAUUCCGCGAAGCGAAUUCAAAUGUUGGUUCGAAAUUUGAUUUCGCCGGAAUUUUAGCUCCGAUCUUUUGAAAUUGCUCGAAUCUUAGGGUUGAAGCAAUGGAUGUCGAUUCCUCGAUGGUGCCGGAGACCGAUCACGAUCCGGCUGUGCAGAACCACGCCGCCGCUGCUCCGCCGUCGGCUGAGACGGAGGGAGAGCAGCUAGAGGAGCCUCCGUCGUCUGGAGGCGGAUCUCCGGUGCCUGCUGCGGCGCCGCAGAGUCCGUCGGGUGGACCGAGGCUGGCGCCAACUUAUACUGUGGUGAAUGCAAUUUUGGAGAAGAAAGAGGACGGACCGGGGCCGAGGUGCGGCCAUACGUUGACGGCGGUGGCGGCGGUCGGAGAGGAGGGGACGCCGGGGUACAUUGGCCCUAGGCUGAUUCUGUUCGGCGGUGCCACUGCUCUUGAAGGAAAUUCUGCGGCUUCAGGGACUCCUUCAUCUGCUGGAAAUGCUGGCAUACGUUUAGCUGGUGCCACAGCUGAUGUCCACUGUUAUGAUGUCUUGACUAAUAAGUGGUCUAGGUUAACUCCCUUUGGAGAACCUCCGACUCCAAGGGCCGCACAUGUGGCCACUGCUGUGGGAACUAUGGUGGUUAUUCAGGGUGGCAUUGGUCCUGCUGGUUUGUCCGCUGAGGACCUUCAUGUUCUUGAUCUAACUCAACAAUGGCCACGCUGGCAUAGAGUGUCUGUUCAGGGCCCUGGACCUGGGCCACGUUAUGGACAUGUAAUGGCUUUGGUGGGGCAGAGGUAUCUAAUGGCAAUUGGAGGCAAUGAUGGAAAGAGACCUUUGGCGGAUGUAUGGGCCUUGGACACAGCUGCCAAGCCUUAUGAAUGGCGCAAGUUAGAGCCAGAAGGAGAGGGUCCACCUCCAUGCAUGUAUGCAACUGCAAGUGCACGCUCGGAUGGACUUCUUCUGCUUUGUGGAGGGAGAGAUGCCAAUAGUGUACCAUUGGCAAGUGCAUAUGGACUUGCUAAGCAUAGAGAUGGUCGUUGGGAAUGGGCAAUUGCCCCAGGUGUCUCACCAUCAUCAAGAUAUCAGCAUGCAGCGGUAUUUGUCAAUGCAAGACUCCAUGUAUCUGGUGGGGCACUUGGUGGAGGAAGGAUGGUCGAAGACUCAUCAAGUGUUGCAGUAUUGGACACUGCUGCUGGUGUUUGGUGUGAUACGAAAUCUGUUGUUACUAGUCCAAGAACUGGUAGGUACAGUGCUGAUGCAGCAGGAGGAGAUGCUGCAGUUGAGUUGACUCGGCGUUGUAGGCAUGCAGCUGCAGCAGUUGGUGACUUGAUUUUUAUUUAUGGUGGUUUACGUGGGGGAGUCUUGCUAGAUGACCUACUUGUUGCUGAAGAUCUUGCAGCUGCUGAAACAACAACUGCUGCUUCACAUGCUGCCGCAGCUGCAGCUGCAUCUAAUGUACAAGCUGCACGCUUACCUGGACGUUAUGGAUUUGUUGAUGAUAGAACAAGGCAAGCAGUUUCUGAGGCAGCUGCUGAUGGUUCUGUUGUUUUGGGAAAUCCAGUUGCACCCCCAAUGAAUGGUGAUAUUUAUACAGAUAUCAGCACUGAAAAUGCCAUGCUUCAGGGACCUCGGCGAACUGCUAAAGGUGUGGAGUAUUUGGUUGAAGCAUCAGCUGCAGAAGCUGAAGCUAUCAGUGCAGCACUGGCUGCUGCCAAGGCACGGCAGGAGAAUGGAGAGGCCGAAGUGCCUGACAGAGACCGGGGGGCAGAGGCUACCCCAAGUGGGAAACAAGCAUCUUCCUUGAUCAAGCCUGAUUCUGCAGGUUCAAAUAACGUUACCCCUGGUGGAGUUCGGCUGCAUCACAGAGCUGUGGUUGUUGCUGCAGAGACUGGUGGUGCAUUAGGUGGCAUGGUUAGACAGCUUUCAAUUGAUCAAUUUGAAAAUGAAGGCAGGCGGGUUAGUUAUGGGACUCCAGAAAGUGCAACUGCUGCCAGGAAGUUAUUAGAUCGGCAGAUGUCUAUCAAUAGUGUACCGAAAAAGGUCAUUGCACACCUCUUAAAGCCUCGUGGGUGGAAACCACCAGUACGGCGGCAGUUUUUUUUGGAUUGUAAUGAAAUUGCUGAGCUUUGUGACAGUGCUGAGCGGAUAUUCUCUGGUGAACCAAGUGUUUUACAACUUAGGGCACCUAUUAAAAUAUUUGGUGAUCUACAUGGACAAUUUGGUGAUCUCAUGCGCCUUUUUGACGAGUAUGGUGCACCAUCAACUGCUGGUGACAUUGCAUAUAUCGAUUAUCUAUUCCUGGGAGAUUAUGUUGAUCGUGGACAGCACAGCUUGGAAACUAUAACCCUUCUUCUUGCUUUAAAGGUUGAGUAUCCCAACAAUGUUCAUCUAAUACGUGGAAAUCAUGAAGCUGCAGAUAUUAAUGCACUCUUUGGUUUCCGAAUUGAGUGCAUAGAGAGGAUGGGUGAGAGAGACGGAAUUUGGACCUGGCAUCGGAUAAACAAGCUGUUUAAUUGGCUUCCUCUAGCAGCGUUAAUUGAGAAAAAAAUUAUUUGCAUGCAUGGUGGUAUUGGUCGUUCAAUAAAUCAUGUAGAGCAGAUUGAAAACAUUCAGCGUCCAAUUCCAAUGGAAGCGGGAUCAAUUGUGCUUAUGGAUUUGUUGUGGUCUGAUCCGACAGAGAAUGACAGCGUGGAAGGACUGCGGCCAAAUGCUAGAGGUCCUGGAUUAGUUACUUUUGGGCCUGAUCGGGUGAUGGAAUUUUGCAACAACAACGAUCUUCAAUUGAUUGUUCGUGCACAUGAAUGUGUGAUGGAUGGGUUUGAGCGUUUUGCCCAGGGACAUUUGAUCACGCUUUUUUCAGCGACUAAUUAUUGUGGUACCGCAAAUAAUGCCGGGGCAAUAUUAGUUUUGGGUAGAGACCUUGUUGUGGUUCCCAAACUGAUUCAUCCAUUACCACCUGCAAUUUCCUCACCUGAAACGUCACCAGAACGUCACAUUGAAGAUACAUGGAUGCAGGAAUUGAAUGCUAAUAGGCCACCAACACCAACUAGAGGCCGCCCCCCAGUAACAAAUGACCGAGGUUCGCUGGCUUGGAUAUAAUGAUCGAUCAGUAAAGAAUGUCCAGAAUAUUUAUGCCCUACUGGCUCGUGCAAAUCAGCCUUGUUUUUAGUGUUUUGUAAAUAGCAUGAUGCCAUUUACGGGAGUCUCCGAACCUGUGAAAUUAAUCCCCGCAGUGAAGUUUUGGUUCUCACUACUCCGUCAGCAAGCCUUGAUAAGAUACACGUUCCCCCACUGAGGUUUGCAAGGUUCGCAAUCCUCAGUUCCCCCACCCGUUUGUAAAUUGAGCAAUAGGUUACGAGAUCAAGUUUAUGGUUCUGUCAUGGAGGCUAUUUUUGUCUUCAAUUCUUACAUAUUUUUUACUGCCCUUAGGCUAUUGUUGAGGUUUUGUUCAUCAAGAGGACAGGAGGGUUUUAUUUUUUUAUGUGAUGGUGAGAUAUAUAAAUCAGAAAGUUUGGAGGUUCAUGUAUCAUAGGUGUUGCUCUGUAUUUUUCAUCUUUGUACAAUUAAUUUUUGCGUGGAACCAUAUUGUCCUACGAAGAAUGUGAAUUUUGAUAAUAGAUUUUGCAUUUUAUUUCGCA